UUAAAAUCGAAAUAAUGUAUAUAAAUAGAUGACCGAUAUGUGUGUGGUACAGUUCUUGAUUUUUGUGACUUUAUUUCUCUCGGGCAAAGCAAAUAAUGAUGAUGGUUUGGUGGUUAAAGUUGGAGCCAUUUUCUUUGAUACGGAAAUGGAAUUGGCUGAAGCAUUUGAUAUUGUUAUCGGUGAAGUAAAUGCCCUCAAUCCAGCUUUAAGAUUUGAACCAAUCAAACACUAUAUAACUGUGGAUGAUAGUAUAUUACUACAAGAUCUAUCUUGUGACUUGAUUGGUAAUGGUGUCGUGGCUAUUUUUGGACCAAGUUCAAAGACAAGCAGCGACAUUGUCGAUGUACUCUGUAAUAUGACGGGUAUACCUCAUAUGCAAUUCGACUGGCAUCCUCAGCAAUCAUCGCGAGAACGUUUGAAUCGUCAGCUAACUGUCAAUGUGGCACCCAUGGAGGUAAUAUUAUCGAAUGCCCUAUCAGAUAUAUUGAGUAGUAAGGACUUUGAUUGGAAAUCAUUUACCAUUGCCUAUGAGAAGAAUUCACACCUUUCCCGCCUUCAGCAUGUAUUUGCUUGGAAACAAUUGCAUAAAACUGGCAUCAAGUUGCAGGAAUUUGAACGAGGUGACGACUAUCGCGUAUUAUGGAAAAGGAUAAACAAUGCACGUGAGAAAUUUGUGCUUUUGGACUGUCCCUCAGAUAUAAUCGUGGAUGUAAUCAAUGCCUCGAUUAAAUUCAAUAUGACGGGAUCAUUUAAUCACCUUUUCUUAACCAACUUGGAUACUCAUGUAAGUGGCAUAGAUCGUUUCUAUUCACGAGAUUUUACUGUAGCUGUGGCUGCCAUAAGAAUCAGAGCGUACAUUCCACCCCCCUUGCACGAUGAGAUCGAUGUGUUUGACAAUGAAGUUGAUACUCGGUUUGAUUCACUAAGAACUCAAUUGGUAUACGAUGCAGUGGUUCUAUUUUAUAAUGCUCUCCUACAAUUGAGUCAAAGAACUGGCUUUUAUACACCAGAGUUUGGUUGUGGACGUGGUUUUUGGCAGCCAGGACCUCAUUUAAUACAACAAAUGAAGGAUAUUUCGCCCAAGCAAGUGAAACCUCCAUUUAAGACACAACGCUUGCAUAUUAAUGAAGAUGGUCAACGGGACGAUUUCAAUUUGGAGGUUUAUAAUCCACUUAUUGAUCGCGUUACUCAUGUUUGGAAUAAAGAAUUUCAACUUGUGGACUUUGAGACAAUCAAAGAGAACUCCACUCAGGCAGUCAAGCAGAGACGUCAAGAGAUAAAAGAGGAUUUCUCGCAAAAACAAGUUCGAUACACUGUGGCCACACGAGUGGGUAAACCCUAUUUUAGUUGGAAAGUGGAACCAGAAGGUGUGCACUACGAGGGAAAUGAACGAUUUGAAGGAUAUGCCGUGGAUUUAAUGUACAAAUUGGCCGAUGAGUGUAAAUUUGAUUUUAAUUUCGAACCAGUACCAGAUAACAAAUAUGGAAGUUACGACCCAGUAACAGAUGAAUGGGAUGGUAUAAUAAGGCAACUGAUAGAUAAUAAUGCCCAGAUUGGCAUUUGCGAUUUGACCAUUACUCAGGCUCGCCGUACUGUAGUUGAUUUCACUGUACCCUUCAUGCAAUUGGGCAUUAGCAUUCUGUCCUAUAAAGAACCCCCUCCCCAGGCAGAUAUCUAUGCAUUUUUAAAUCCAUACGGCAAGGAAGUAUGGCUUUAUGUAAUGAUUGCCAUGAUGAUUACUGCCGUGGCAUUGAUUUUGGCUGGACGCAUGGAUCAGUAUGAAUGGGAACCGCCUGUCGAGAAUGAAAAUCAUGAGCAGGUUCGUGAAAAUAUAUGGCAUUUACACAAUACCAUGUGGUUGGUUCUUGGUUCGAUACUCAAUCAGGGUUGUGAUCUAUUACCCAGGGGCUUACCCAUGCGUCUUUUAACCGCUUUUUGGUGGAUCUUCGCUUUGCUUAUCUCUCAGACUUAUAUUGCCAAAUUGGCCGCCUUCAUUACCUCAUCGAAAAUGACUGGUAAUAUUGAGUCGUUGCAUGAUUUAAUAGAUCAGAAUAAAGUACAGUUCGGUACUAUACGUGGCGGGGCCACUUCGGUGUACUUUUCCGAAUCGAAUGACACGGAUAAUCGUAUGGCCUGGAAUAAGAUGCUUUCGUUUAAGCCAGAUGCAUUCACCAAAAACAAUGAAGAGGGUGUCGAUCGUGUCAAACUGAGCCGCGGCACAUAUGCCUUUCUCAUGGAAACAACAAAUCUACAAUAUUACGUACAAAGAAAUUGUGAAUUAACACAAAUUGGUGAAAGUUUUGGCGAAAAACAUUAUGGAAUUGCUGUGCCAUUGAAUGCCGAUUUCCGUUCCAAUCUCAGUGUGGGCAUAUUGAAGCUGAGCGAGAAGGGGGAACUCUAUAAAUUGCGAACCAAUUGGUUUAAUUCCAAUGAGACCAAAUGCAACAGUGAUUCCUCUGGCUUGGAUGAUGGUCAAUUCGAUAUGGACUCUGUGGGUGGUCUGUUUGUAGUGCUCAUUGUGGGCAUAAUUGUGUCAUUUAUUAUAGGAAUAGGAGAAUUUUUAAGGCAUGUUCAGCGAAUAGCAGUCAAGGAAAGGAUAACUCCAAUGGUGGCUUUAAAGGGUGAACUACAUUUUGUUUUACGUUUCUGGCUAAAACGAAAACCUUUGCAUACAUAUAGCCAAAGUCGUGACUCCACUUCGACUGGAUAUUCAUCAUUGGAACAAAUUUCGAGUACUUCCACAGUGAAGAAGAGAAAGAAAAAGACUAAAAGAGAAAGGGAAUAAUAGAUGUACAUAAAGGGAAGGGAUUGAAGUUGAAGAAGGCACUU